GGCCGGGCCCCGCCGUGUGCGCCGCGCUGCCGCCAUGGGGUUACUGGCGGGCUGGGGGCCGGCCGGGAGCUGCCUCCUCCUCCUCCUCGCCGCCUCCUCCCGCGCACCGCGGGCCGGGCAGUAGCGGCCUCGGCGAGGGCUGCCCUCCCGUGCCGUGCCGUGCCGUGCCGCCCAUGGCGUAGCCGCGCUGCCGCGCGCCUGCCCCCGCGGGACGCGGCGCGGACAGAGCCACUGCCAGGCAAUUAAGAGUCUGGAAGAUUUGAUUUCAAAGCACACCACAUUUUUCAGAGCAAGUAAAUCUACAUGAAAAGCUACAAAGGGAGCUGACUUGAGAAGAUAGUGUUUGCAAAAAUGUCUUCAAGUUGUGUGACUCCAGUGUUUGCUUUGAUGAUUUUGUGUUUUGCAGCUGCAGGUCCUGUGCCUAGGAGCGAGUGCAUCUUAUCAGCUGUUAAUAAUUCGCACCCAGUCCAUGCCUUACUGGAGAGUUUUACCGUCUUAUCUGGCUGUGCAAGCCGAGGCACAACAGGCCUGCCACAAGAGGUGCAUGUCCUCAAUCUCAGAAAUCCUGAGGAAGGUCUUGGCCACCAUGAAAGAGAGGUCACAUUACACUUGAAUCCAAUUUCAUCCGUGCAUAUUCACCAGAAGCCUCUGGUGUUUCUUCUCAACUCUCCUUUGCCUCUGCACUGGAAGCUAAAAACAGAAAGACUGGCACCUGGAAUCCGAAGAGUUUUCCUUGUGUCUUUAGGUUCUGUUGUUCAGUUUGAGAAGGGAAAUUUCUCUUUGUCAGCAGAAACAGAAGAAAAGCUUUUUCCUGAGAAAAAUGAAUAUCUGCUACAGUGGGCCCAGAAGGAAUAUGGAGCAGUUACAUCUUUCACCGAACUCAAAAUAUCAAGAAACAUCUAUAUUAAAGUAGGAGAAGAUCAAGUGUUUCCUCCCUCGUGCAACAUAGAAAAGAAUUUUCUCUCUUUAAAUUACCUUGCGGGAUACCUACAACCAAAAACGGCAGAGGGGUGCCUUAUGUCUAACUUAGUCCAAGAAAGGGAAGUUCAUAUCAUUGAGCUAAUUACUCCAAAUUCCAAUCCAUACAGUGCUUUCCAGGUGGAUAUAAUCGUUGACAUUAAACCAUCUCAACCAGGCGCCAAGCUCAUCAGAGACGUCGUACUUAUCCUCAAGUGUAAAAAAUCUGUCAAUUGGGUUAUCAAGUCACACGAUGUCCAGGGAAAGCUGGAAGUGAUUACAUCAAACAGUAUUGGUUUUGGAAAGGAAACAGAACGAUCCAUGAUUAUGAGUAAAUCAGUAAUACCUGAUAUUCCUUCAUCUCAUGAGAGUUUGAUCAAGUGGGCUUACGAGCAUAAAUAUAGUCCGGUUACUUCCUACACAAAAGCCCCUGUUGCUAACAGAUUUCACCUGCAACUUGAAGAUACAGAAGAGAUGAAUGAUGAAGAAGACCAUUCUCUUCCUCCAGAGCUGACAGAACUGCUGCCUGCCCCAAAGAAUCCUGCAUUAAAUGAUGGCCUGACUUUUCCUUUUCACAUUAACAGAGGAAGGCAUGACACAGUGGGAGAAGGAAUUUUCCCAUCCAGGGAUUCAGUGGACACAUUAAUAAACCAUGACUUCGAGCAUUCCCUCCCAAAGCACAAAGAACCUGAAGAGGUUCAGGGCAGUGCUGAUGUAGCCCUGUCAAUAAAGUGUGAUGACAAAGUCAUGACAGUGGCUGUAGAAAAAGACUCCCUACAGGCUAGCGGCUACACAAGGACAGAGCUCUCACUGCUGGAUCAUUCUUGCAAGGCCAGGAUGAAUGGUACCCAUUUCAUUUUGGAGUCUUUACCGAAUAAAUGCGGGACACGGACAGCAUAUAUCUUGGACAAGAUUGUUUAUUUUAACUCUAUUGUCAUUCAGCUGUCAUCACCAGCUGAAAGCAGCGGCUUUGAUGAUGAUGACAUGGAAUCAGGUGAUAAUGGAUUUCCAGGGGAUGCUGAUGAGGGAGAUGUUACUUUCUCAAGCUGGCCUGAAAUAGCGUUUAAUUGCACACUGCACCAGCCAGAGAAGAAUUUUUUUAAUCCUGCCAUGUUCUGGCCUCCUGAACCACAUGUCACCAAUGUGACCUUCAACAUGGAGCUGUACAAAACAGAUCUGUUCCUUGCUCCGUCCCAAGGACUCUUCUCUGUUGCUGAGAACGGGCCAAUAUACGUAGAGGUGUCUGUGACCAAAGCUGACAGAUCCUUGGGCUUUGCCAUUCAAACAUGCUUUGUUUCCCCAUUUUCAAAUCCAGAUAGAAUGUCUGAUUACACCAUUAUAGAAAAUAUUUGUCCUAAGGAUGAAUCUGUUAAAUUCUACAGUACUGAGAAGGUGAACUUCCCAAUAGCACAUGCACAGAAGGACAAAAAAAGAUUUAGCUUUGUGUUUAAACCAAUAUUCAACAUCUCACUGCUCUUUCUUCAUUGUGAGUUGACUUUGUGUACAAAUAAAGACAAAGAUACUGAAGGACUGCCUAAGUGUAUUCCUCCUGAUGAAGCUUGCACCUCUCUGAAUGUGGAUAUGAUCUUGGCCAUGAUGCACAACAAAAAAACCUUCACCAAGCCCCUUGUUGUAGUAACUCAUGAAGGAAAACCAGAAGAUCCUUCCCUUCCAAAGUCAAACGUGAGGACAGUCACAACUGGAAUUCUACUGAAGGAUACUAUUGAGAAGAUCCAGUCAUCUCAUUUCCCAGCCAGUUUAGUCACUGUGUUCUAUGGACUGGACACUCUGACUGUUGUGGGCAUUGCCUUUGCAGCAUUUGUAAUUGGAGCCCUGCUAACAGGAGCACUGUGGUUUAUCUACUCUCACACAGGCGAAACAGCUGGAAGACAGCAGGUCCCUACAUCCCCACCAGCCUCUGAAAACAGCAGUGCAGCACACAGCAUUGGCAGCACCCAGAGUACCCCCUGUUCCAGCAGCAGUGCAACCUAACUCCAGGGAGAGCAAAGUUGAGGAGCAGCAUAGGAGUGCAGAGGUUCAAAGGAUUGUGUGUUGACAUCAGCUUUUUAAAGCUAAAAGAAUUAGUUCAGUUCCUUUUGAAAAACUGAGGAGAGAUUAUUCUACGAAAAGACUGUUUUUUCUGGGGAAGCCGCUGUGUGUGUGUGUGUGUAUGUGCACACAGUGCAUGGGUAAGCACAGUCUUUUGGAUCUUCUAUAGAGUGUUAUGCUACAUGUGACAAAGCUACUAAUUUUACAGUACUGCAACCUGUUUUAGGGGUCUCUGGGCCCUCAAUGUGAAAUCUAUGCCAGUUUGGAAAAAUGCUGCUUUGUCUAUAUGACUUUUUCUUUCCCUAAGCCGCCUCAUUGACACAAGGUAUUCAUUGAGGGAGUUUAACAAGAUAAGCAGAACAAAGAUGAUAUCAGGUCAAAGGAUUUCUAUUUGUCUAAGCAAGAAAAUCUCAAGGUCAGAUCUCUGUGGUUAAUAACAUCUUAUUACUUCAGCUAUGUUAGCCACUUUUGAGUAACCUUUAUUUUGUUAAGCUUACAGCUACAGCAUCUCAUUUGCUUUUCUGUUGUGUUUGCAGCUUCAGGUUUGUUCCAGGUAUUUCUGUUUUAAUGCACAUUGAGUUGGUAAGUGGAGAAGAGCACACUCUAACACUCCCUUUCCAGUUUUCCAGGCCAAAGCUCUUUCAUAAGAGAUUUUUUUUUUAAUUUACUAUAACAAAUGAAGGCACACACAAACAUUAAGAUAAAUAAUAAUGUUCUUGUGCACUAGCAUAAAUGUGUGUGUACAUUUAAUGGCAACGCUCUUAUGCAAAUAGAUGUAUACCUAAGUAUAUGGAGCCAAGCGUUUUCCUUCAGCAACUGGGAAAUGUGCUCAGUGUUCCUUCCAUACAUAAAAUGUAUAAUGCAGAUAUAUAAAACAACUGGCUCUUUGGUUUAUAAUUGGUAGAUAGAAGAGAGAAUAAAAAGGUGACAUAGUUCUACUCUUUUAGUUCCCCCAAACUCCCUUUGAAAUAAGAGAUGGUUUUGAGGGCACAAAGAAUGUACAGUAAAGCCUAUCAUUUUUGUAAAAUACCACCUAUAAAACAAAGCUAUUCUCUUGAGAUAGCUGUGCAGUUGUUUGUGCCAAAGUGUUGUAUGAACAUUGCAAUUGGAUAGUUCCAAAGUAGUGUUGGAAUACGGAAAGGGCAAAAAGGUACUAGUUUUCACAGUAUUUUUUUUAGUGUUAUUGCCAUAUCUUGACCUUUGACUAGAUGCCAAAUGAAAAGAAAAAAUGUGUAAUUUUGAAUGUGUGAUUCUUUGACUGUUAUGUUGCCACUUUGUAAUGUGUCCUACUGAUCCUUCUCCUUUAAGGAAAAAUGAGCAUUGUUUUCCUCUUAAAAUUAAUUAAUUAAUUUUAGUAAAGGUUACCCGCGUUCUACAAGAGGAGAAGGGAAUUCAUUACACUAGAGUGAUAGCCUGCUCUGAAGUCUGAGCUGCAGAUUUGCUGUUUCUACACUUGUGCCUUGCUGAUGCCAGGGUGGUCAAAGUGCAAGAUAUGCAAUAGAUGUAAGUGCCCAGAAUCAGGUAGAAGAAUAUUACUCAGUUUGAAUCAAAUUUGUUACUAAUCCUGCAAACAUUUAUGCAUAUGAGUAACUACAUGCAUCAUCUUACUAGUACAAGUACAUGCUCAGUUCUACAGUUAUGGGUAUUCUCAGAAUCAGUGGAGAUGUACAGUGUGCAUAGUACACAUGUGAAAAGUGUUUUAUGUUACCAGGCCAAUGAGUAGUCCCGAUUAGCAUCGACAGGAAUUGUCAUGUAAGUGUAGUUAUCCCCAUGCAUAAGAGUAUGCAGGAUUGGCUCUGUUAUGAGGUGUCAGGAGGAUGAAUGUGCUACCUGUGUGGCUGAAAAGAAAGGGCUUUGCCUAACCUUCAGCAGAAUGUAUUGUAUAAGCAUAUUCUAUGUGUAAAGUCUUUAAAGAUGUCUUCAAAGAAGACUAGAGUCUUUAAGUUCAAUCAUAGCUAUAUUUUACUACAUUAAAUUUGUGUAUAAAGAUAUAUUUAAAUGUUUUAGAUAAAUGUAAGUUACUCUAUAUGAAAUGUUUAAUUUCAAUUACUGUGAAAUUUACAUACUCUGUAAAUUCUUUUCCCUGUUUUAACCCUUUCCUUCCUCAGAUAUUUUAUUAAGCAGUUUCUCAUAGGAAGUUAUUAGAUGUGGUUGUUGGGAUGAACAGGUUGAAAACUUUUAUGUAAAAUAGAUAACUGUAUAUUUUUGAGAGAAACAAGCUGUAUUAUCAAUGGUUUUAUCAAAAAUUUACUCUAAUUUUAAAAUAAUUUAGAGAUUUAUAUUUACUGUUGGAUAAACCAAAAAUAUAUAAAGAUCAAAGAUUCAAUUUAUUGGCUUCUAUUUCAAAUAGUUUAACUAACUGAACUUGGUGUACUCAGCUAUUUAAUUCAGAAAUUGUAAUCAAUCUGAAUUAUUUGGAGGUUACCAAAAAUACACGUGAUUAUUUAGCAGUUGGAAGAGUAUUUCUGAUGUGUGUGAGAGAGAGAACUAAAAAGGGCAUUCCCAGUUAAUAGCUUUAUUACAAAAACAUAUAGUACUUUCUAGCAGCUGUUAAGUUGCUGUGAUUCAGAGUACUGAUACACCUUUAAGCUCUACUUUUAUAACAGUCAUUCAUAUCUACUGCAAGUUUCUAUAUUUAGCGUGGAAAGCUAUCUGAAUGUGUAACUACAAAGCCAGUGGUUCCCAAGUCUGUCAAACCUGGUCUUGCCACACUGAAUUUCAUGUGGCUAAUGUUUGCCUGGUGUGGAGGCCAGCAGGACACCUCUGUACUGCUUGUGUCCCAGUGUGGGCCUUUUAAACAGGGCUUCUGAGGAGCUGGCCAUGUGCCCGCUCUUGUCACAGUGGAGAAUUUCAGAAUAACCAAAUUGACUCCAAAGGAACGUCUUCUGUAAGAAUGGGAGGACUGGGGUUAAAAGGAGACUUCUUUCUCCAAAAAGCUAUUAGUAACAUAGUUAAACUUUGAAGCAGACUGCUUGUUGUCAUGCAUUGCCUUAUCACUAACCUUUUACAGCCUUUGGUGUUGGACAUUACUAUAUUGAUGUUACAAAAAGUCAGAGCUUUCUGUGUUAGACUGUUUUUGUAGCAUUUUCCACACGGAAAUGGAGUUUGCAAAAAUGUCUGUAGAUGUUGAUGAUUGUAAACUUCCCCCUGCCCUUUUCUAACCCUUUCUCUUUUGUAUGUACCAUUCUUUCUGUUACGUAUAUCUACCUCAUGCUUCACAAGAAGACUGUACUGUUGGUUGUGCUGACAGCCCUUCCUGUGAGGUGACUGUUCUGCCAUGUUGUUGUUCAUCAUUCAUGGGGAUGUUCAUAGAGUUAACAUUCUUUGCUGCCAUGUUCCUACCAGUUCCAGACACAAUAUUCUCACCUUUAAAUAAAUAAGUAAGAUUCUCUAAGAUCCCAAUUCUAGAUAUUUUUUUUUAAUUGAAGAAUGGGAGAAAUUUACUUGCUAAUACCUGUGGCCAGUCUGAACACCCCAUUUGUACUACAUGUUAUGUUCAGUAUUUCAGAGACUUGUGGAAAGUGCUUAGUUGUACAGUUUUGAUACCCACAGUGUCAUGUCAUCUUAGUCUCUUGUGCAUAAUAAAGUAUAUAUCAAUUUAUUAAUAAUUGAUGCAGUGGUUCAUUUAUUUGAAGUAGUAAAGAUACAACAAACUGCCAAAAGCAGUAGAUUGAAAUAUGCUUACCGUGUUCUCCUCUUCCGUAAGCUUCAGUGAGAAUUGUGUGUGUUAAAGCAGGAUUUGAUUUUUUCAUAUCUUUCAUUUUCUCCUUUGUAUAUUCUUUUAUCCAGUGACUUUGGCUAGCUUCUCAGUAUCACAGCUGCUUGCAAAAGCCAGCAGGCGUAUUUAGUUGAAUGUUGACAUUCUUCAGUCUAAUUUAAAGUCCAAAGUUCAGAUACUGCAGGCAUUCAGUUGUAUGUCGACACAGCAACUUAAGUCCCAUCCUGCACAAAGCCUGGCUGGAACACAGUUAAGACUUGAGGUAAGCUGAUAGUCCUCCAUCUUAAGCAGCAGAGCUCCCUUGGUCUGUUGUACCCUUGACUGCAAGUCCACUGGAAAUGCAUGAACAAGACUGAGAUGUAUUUUCAUUACCGAAGGGUCUUGCUCUGCUCUAGCAGAUAGCUUGGCCAUGUGCCAGCAGGGCAAGGAUUUGUAUGUUUACUAUCCUAGUUAUUGCUUUGUUUCCUGUAUUUCAUGUGCAAAAAUAUUCUUUAUGGGCAGUCUGGGGGAGCCAGCUUCAGCUGUAUUUCCUUGGGUUAUUCAAAGGUUGUGGUUAUUAACUCAAAAAAUAAAGUUCCCUAAGAAAGGAAUCUGAAAUGUUUCAUAAUAAUUUUAAAAUAGCAGGAUUCCUUCAGUACAGAAAAGACUAUUAAUUAGAAGCAAUCGUAAGCUUACAGGUUGCUUAUGACAUAACUCACGGAGGUUCAAUAGAUUUAUUGCUUCUUAGCAACCAUAUUUCAGUUUCUGCAUUAAGACUUUUACCUUUCAAACAGAGUUAUCUAAAGCUGACUCAGCAAAAGAUACUGGAGCUGUACUUCAUCUUUAAGAUAUAUAUUUUGAAUGAAACAUGAUAUAAAAGCAUGAUGACUGUCUUAUGUGAGGAUUUAAUUUUAAAAUGUAUUUAACAGUCAGCAAACUGUGAUAGGAUAUUUGCAUGAGUUUUUUUUUACAUUGAGUCUUACCAUAUUACAAAGUGUUGAUACUGUAAGCGUUUGUUUCUGCCAGGCCUUUGUGAGUGAAAGAAACAUUUGGGAAAGUCAAAAAAAAAAAAAAAAAAGUGCCAGUUUCAUCAGUUUCAUGAAAAACACAGUCCAGAUCUGUUCUAUUUUAAACAGAAUUAAAUUUAUCACAACAUUCCGUCCAAGACAAUAUAAAAGAAAAAGGAGCCAAUAUUUUGAUACAUUUUCAUAGUUGUCACUUUGUAAUUGUAAAGCAGAUAUUUAUGAGGCUUGGAAGUCUGUUUGCAGUUUAGAUUUCAUAUUGUAUUCCCAGUUCUUCAGCCCAAGAGCAAGCCUUGUGAACCUACAUGCAUUUACAGUUUGAAUUCUUUGUAUAAGGAAGAUCAAAUUACAUCAGUUCACCUACCCAAAGCAGGUAGCAGCUUAAAUUACAUUUUUAUAGAUUCUCAUUUGCUAGAAGCCUUAAGGGACUC